AUGGCCACCACCGACUUCCUCAAGUCAAUUGGUGAGAAGCUAGCCCAUGCUAAACAUGAGUUGCAAACGACUGUGCCGGGUAAGAGACGGCGCAGUCCCGACGACUUCCUGCCCACAAUGUCAAAACGCCGGAAAUCGAUCCACCGACCCAUCCAACAGCAGGACACUACCGAGUUCGGAGGGGAGAAAAUUGGCCGGGGUCUAAUCCCGCUGCCAUGUGCAUACUGCUCAGAGUCGGGAGCUUCGCACCGCUACAACGCCCGGUAUGUCUACCCCUGGGCCGGUGCUCCACACCCACAACGACAGCCGUCGAUCCUUCCGGCCUACAUGAUACAUGAUAUGAACAACAAAGCUUAUCCCGGCCAUCCAUGGACCAACGCUCUACAAUGGGCGUUUCCCCCGUCACAAGCCAAGCCCGAGCCCGGUGCGAUAGAGCAUGACAUGCCUACCUCUGAAGCUUGGUUCCAACUCCUUUCCUCGACGCGUGACGUGCGUGUUGUCGACAUCUUUUCCCAAGUAGAACCGAGAAAGACAUUGGAAGAGAAGGCUCUGAAGGGUAUCGAGGAGGACGAGGAAAACGGGAGCCUCCUCAUGCGGUUGAUGGUGGACAUGACGGGCGAUGUGACAAGGAUAAUGCUGAUGGAAGGAGCCAGCGUUUUUGAUGGGCUUUUUCUCUGA